UUUCAAAUCAGGAAUCACAAUGGAGGAGGAAAAUGAGAUUCUGGCUAAACUCUUCUCCAACCCUCCAAACUUGGACUUCUGGCCACUAUUUCAAACGGAAAGUUGGUAUUAAAAUGAAGAAUAAGAAUAGUCUGGCUAGCUUUGACAACAGAUUACUCUUUUUAAAAUAUUUUUUGAAUUUCACGCACACAAAAUAAAUAAAUAGAUAAAUUAAAAAAACCCUGCAGGGUUCGUUGCCAUAGAAACCGAUGACUCAUUUCCCGCUGCUUUUUGAUUGGUUGAGCUUCUGCGUCUACUUUCAUUUUUUCAGUGAUCCGCUUUGACACUCUGCGCAUGCUCAAGACGGAACCUCUCUACGCAGUGCACCUUCACUCCUGCCGAAAGAGUUUAAGUCUUUUUUACUACCGCUAAUUAUGUCUAGUUAAUGAAUGUCAUAGAAGGGACCAAGAGGGGGGUCCAAAAUCUCCCUCCUGCGUGAAGAAGGAGCCAUCAUCAUGACGCGUUUGUAGCUUUUUGAAAUCAAAAGUGAAAGUGUUGCGUUGCAUUCUUCUUUUAGCCCAUUUCAUUUUUAAUUAAACACGGAUCUUCUGCUCCUUGACGAUGAUCGAAGUAUUAUUUUUCGGAUGCUUUUUGACGUUUGUUAAUGCUGAUGGGGUUGCUGACGUAGUUCUUUCCUGCUCUCUGGUGGAGGAGGGAGCCGGACUGGGUGGAAUGGGAGGUGGCGCUCUCUUCACCAGAACUCCUGCCACUCUCGUACUUCGAGACAUCCCAGUGGGUCCCGAUGAAUCCCUCGACACGCUCACUCCAUUUGUUCCACCCUCAGUCCCUGAUCCGGACCUCAUCCUGUUUGAGAACAAAGUGUCAUCGGCGGAGAUCCCCAACGCAGUCAUGUUGCUCCAUGCAGACUGCAAUGAGCUGGAGGUGAUGUGUGAAAUAAGUCGUUACGCUCCUCGAGGACUUCCGGAAAGAUCUGAUCCAGCGUAUUUCAUGGUUUCUCUCAGCGUGGAAGGACUUGACAUCAGCACGUCGCUUAUUCUGCAGACAUUGCCAGUCGAAAAAGAUCAGUCAACUCUAACACAAAACAAACUCAGUUUACCUCUCAGCCAGUCAGGGACUCUGCAGACUAAAGUGAUAUUCCUGGUGUUUUCCAACAUAAAUUCAGUAUCCGCUCCUCUAAGAGGAGACGUUCUCCUCAACUGCGGCUUCAAGCAGGAGGAGACGUCUUUAGCACCAGAGGUUGGCCUUGAAUGGCGUCUGCAGCACAGAGGAAAAGGCAGGAAAGUGCUGGAAAUGAAGAGGGAACUAGACAACACAGAAGGAGCCACUGUAGUUCAUGGUGAGAGGAAAGGCUCCAGCGUGGAUGCUGCUCAGGCCCUCAGGGAGGGGAACGUCUCCAUGAGUCUGACGGAGCUGAAGGUUGGAGAUGAAGGAACCUACAUCUGUACCGUCAAUCUGGGUAAUUUCCACGCCCAGCAGGUCAUCCAGCUCCAUAUCGUUCAACCACCGCAGGUUUCUCUGUCAGAGGAGAAGCUGAUUCUGCAGAAAAGUUCUCCACAGACGUUGAGCUGUCAUUGCGCUAAAUACUAUCCACUAGACACACAGAUGGAGUGGUUUUUCCUCCCUCCAACAGAAAGCGAGCCAAAACUCUUUCCGAAUCAGGGCUCUCUGAGCAGUCAUCGGCAGCAUGGCGAUGGGACGUUUUCUCUGUCCUCUCACAUAACCAUCCCCCCGAGUUUUUCUCCAGGAACCAAGAUCACCUGCAAGGUGUCCCACCCAGCAAUGGAUGAGCCACUCUACGUCAGCAUAGUAGUCGAAAGUCCCCAACCAGAUUCCUAUUGGUGGGUUCUCGGCUUCCUCGUCGUCACUGUCCUUUUCUUCUAUCAGGUCAUGAAAUAAGUGACUCUCAGAUCAUCUUGACUUCAAACUGAGCCUUGAAUUAUAAUAUUUUUUUUUUGUUAAUGGAAACGUUUUCAGGUUUUAUACCUAAGAUCCUGCUGAAUUUGAAACAUUUUAUUUAUGGGGAACGGUCACAUAUAAUGGUUUUUGCAAAUUUGCUGAGUAGUUUAAAUUUUUUUUUCUGUAAUGAUGCACUAAGUGACUUUGUAUUUUGUAUUUCUUUGCCCUGUAAUACGCUGACAAUCUUAGCAAGAAAAAGUCAUUAUCUCAAAGAUGAGCCACUGCAGUUUCAUUACUUCUGGACUCUUUAUUUUUUAUUUUUUGAUAGUUGAGUUAACCUUAGGAGAAAAUAUUAGGACCUCCCACUUCUCUUCUAGGGUUAACUUUAAACUUUACCAUUGUUUAAGUGCAACAAAAACAGCAGCCUAGAUUAAGUCUCUCUAAAAUGCGUUAUAUAAUGCCGUUUGUAGAAAUUUAAAACAUGCGUAUUUUGAGGUUUUCUUUAGUUUUGCUUUUGAGCUUUGUUGUGGGAUUACUCUUUAAAUUAUUCAUGCUUCUGACAGAUGUAGGCCUGAAAUAAUUUUUAUUCAACCAAGAAGUUUGUUCCUCUGAUUUGAAAGACAAUUUACAAGUGGUUUCACUUUUGACCAAAUAUUUCUUAUUUAUUUACAUUUUCAGGUAGAAAACAGCACAUCCUUCUCAAUGUUUACAGUAGUUUCCAUUUUGGGAAAAGGAAUAAUUUAUUUAUGAAUGCAUUAACUUCAGUGGGACUGUGUGAUGCACCAUAAAUUGAGUUUCAAAGAAGGAUCUUGUGGGAACAAAAUAUAUGAAAUAGCUACAAGUAACAGAAAGACGCGGUACAAAUAGAGGAAAUAUAUGAUUUGUACUAUUUUAAUUUGCAAUUCAGGAGGUCCACUAUUGUGGUGUGGUUUUAAAUGUUGCAGUUGUUCAAUGUUUUUAUUUCUGUUGUUGUCUUGUUUUUUUCUACAUUGCAUUACUUUUUCUUUUAUCUUUUAAAAUGAAGCUUUUUUUAUGACUCGAUAUUGGUUAAGGUUUCCGUCCCUAUCAGGAGUUUUUUUCAUCUUUGUUUUACAGCUUGACUUCAGAAUGGAUGUAAAGGAUGCAAACAGAAAAAUAAAAGUUUCUAAAGACAAAAAA